UGGCAGCGGUUCUCGCCAGAAAUUUUGGCGCAUCGGACUUGCUUACAAACAUCAUUACGGGAGGGUCGCGGUGGUCACCUUCGUUUUCGCGCUGAGAGGUCGUUUCUCUUUUUCUUCCGUGCCGAUCUCGUUCCUUCAUUCCGUACCAAGAUGUACCGCUCCGCCCUCAGGAUAGCGCCCAGUACGCUGCGCGCUGCGCGGCCGAUUCUUGCUUCAGGCUCUCGGCGGUUCGCAUCGACUGCUCCGGCGCGCAAGAAAGGGACCUGGAAGGGGACUGCGCUGCGAUGGGGUCUUGCGGCCGCUGCCGUCUACUACUACAACACCAGCCCUCUCUUCGCCGAUGAGCUUCCCCGUUCGUCCCCUUGGUGCCUUGCUCAGCUCGCUUCUUCCGCUAACUCCGAACCAGCACAAGUCGGCCCUGCCCCGCCUCACUUCUCCGACGCCGACCUUCCCACAGUCGAUGCCCUGAUCGAGGAGAAGCGCCGCCAAGCUGCCGCUGCCGCUGCCGCCGCGCCGCCACUACCAUCCCCUCAUGAGCCCACAAAGACGGCGGAAGUGAAGGCGGCUGAGGAGAAGACGGACGCGACCGCCCAACAAGCGAAACCGACGGAGACGGAGGCUGCACCAACCGCAGGCACGGCCGACGCACCCGAACCCGGCUCACCCGAGGCGCUAGAGCAGGAAGCCCAACAGCAAGGCGCCUUCGACCCCGAGACGGGCGAGAUCAACUGGGACUGCCCGUGCCUGGGCGGCAUGGCGCAUGGGCCGUGCGGUGAGGAAUUCAAGGCUGCUUUCAGCUGCUUUGUCUACUCCAAAGAGGAGCCCAAGGGGAUGGACUGCAUCGACAAGUUCCAGCACAUGCAAGACUGCUUCCGGAAAUACCCCGACGUCUACGGCUCCGAGCUAGCCGAUGACGAGGACGACGAAGCUGCGCAGACUCAGGAGACCCAGGAGGCAGUUAAGGAGGUUAAGGGUGAGGAGGCGGUCGCCCAGUCCAAGGACGAGGUCACUCCGCCGAAGGCCCACGACGCGACGGAGGCGAAUAAGGAGAGCAAGGAGGUAGAUAAGCAAUAGGGGCGGAGGAAUGGAGCCGGACUGAGAACUGUACAACAACAACAACGACGACAACCCAACAUCCUAACACCACUUGAUGCACCUGGCGGAGCUCAUUUGUCGUUGAUCUGAGGCCGGUACUGACUGAGCGGGCAUCGCGCUGAUAUUGUACGACUCUUGUGUAUCUUAUACCUUGUGAAUAGAGGCAUUAGACCGUUUCUUCUCCAAAUCAACUCGCUACUUACCAUCUGCCUGGAGCAGUUGAGUUUCCGUUCCAACACAAACCGACUUGCCUGCGAUGACUCUCGUCAUAACCCGCUGCUGCCGAGCUUCCUCCGAGAGAACUGAUUGAUCAUCCCGGCAUUACCUCGCUGAAGAGUAAACCGUAACCCGUGCCAGGAGGAAGAAUCCAAAUGCAGCUAUCCUAGAGCUGGAUACACGCAAACCUAUCUCGGCUUUCGUCGUGCACAUCGCACGUCCUAACUGCUUUUAGCGUCGGCUUGGCCUAGAGCAUUUUGGCGCGAGUCUGAGUGGGUCGUCGACGUCAU